AUGUUGAUCAAGACUGUUUUGCUGGCCGUCAUCUUGUUGGUCGCUGUCGCCACCGCCAACAAGAACAUCUGUACUUUCCAAUACGAGUGUGGUGCUAACUCCUAUUGCCACGGUGGAUACUGUGUUGACUGUAUCUCCAAUAACGACUGUGGUCUCAACCAGUUCUGCAACCUCGUGAACACCAUCGAUCUUAACAAGUAUGGUUCAUGUCAGGACUUCCCAUACGACAACGCCAAGUGCAUUGUUCUAGGCACCACUGACCUUGCUGAUGAGCGUGUUGACAACUCCACCAAGUGUGCUGUCCAGUACUACGAUUCCAACCUUGCCGUCGGUAGCCGCAUGGUCACCGAGUUCCAAGGAACCUGCACCAACGGCCGUUGCCGUCAAUGCCUGUACAACAACGACGGUAGCUCCCAGCAAGGCAAGGGCUCCCAGAGAACCUGUGUCUUCCCAGGCAAGUACGCCACCAUCCACUCUGCCGAGUGGGCCCCAGGCAGAUACUACGAGAGCCCAAUCCACGUCUGGUUGGCCAUCCUUUUCUGUUUGACCGCCAUCAUCACCAUCUUCCACUUCCUCGGUUUCCUCUUCCACAAAUAG